AGUGAUGUCACGAACAAAGCCACGGCGGCAAUCUCCUACCAAUGCUACCAUCGCAUUGGCGUUGUGGCCAGACUCGACUCAAAAAGAUCCAAGGCAGCUGCUUCGUGCAAAUACCAGACUGGUCCCUACCAGCUUCCCUACCUCCUCACUAAAUUUCCCAAAGUCACAAAGGCAGACUCCGACUAUUUUAUUUUAGAACCCAAAAAGAAAAAGGACAAAGAAGAUGAUGACGAUUCAAAAGCUUGCCUUGCUGGCCCUCGCUUUGGUUGGCACUGUUAAUGCCCAAGGAGAUGCUGACCCCACUGGAGAAUUGGCAAUUGAAGGUUUGUUGGACGGUAAUGCCUCCUUGCCAGAGUUCCCCGACUUCCCCUGCGAAGCCGAGUCUGUGGCCUUGGAAACUUGCAUUAAUACCAACAACUGCAAUCAAACCUGUGCCGACCUUCUCUCCGAUGACGAAAUGGCGACCGACGCGCCCGCGGAAGAUCCGUUGGACGGCAUGGACCCCACGGACCUCGAUGGCAUCAAAAUGCAAAUCAGCCAGGCGUGGACUGACUCGUGCAACGAAAACAAGCAGGAAGCUUGCGACCUCAAGGCGUGCUGUGCACCCUGUGCGGUAGAAAUUGAUACUACCCUUGGUUGCCUUACCACUGCAUUCAUUGUUCCCAUCAAGGAUGGCGUCUCUCAAUUGUUGUCAUCUGCUGGUGACAUUGUCGGUGGACUCUUGGAUGCCGCGAAUAACCUUGCGGGUGACGUCUUGAACACCACCUUGGCUCCUACCACGGGAGCCGGAGCCGCCGCGACCGAAGGCGGAUUGGGCGAUUUCUUUGAUUCCUUGGUCUGCGAUUAUUCCAAUAACCCGUGCGAUGGGUCUAUGCCCCCUCCCGAUACCCCUGGCGAUGGCCCUGCUCCUGCUGAUGGAUCCACCCCGGUUCCCGCCCCUGCCGAUGGAGCCGCCCCUGCUCCAGCACCUGCAGGAGACGCAACUGAAGCUCCUGCCUCGGGAGCCACCAGUCUUAUCGAGGGUGUUACGACACUUUUCGCUGCUGUGGUUGGAAUGAUGUUGAUUUAAUAAGUUUGAGAGCGUUGGGACUGAUUGGGUGGUUGAACGAAUGGAUGUGAAAUUGUUUUUGGAUGGAAAUUAAUUAUUGUUUGGUAUUUUUGCGGAGUACUGAUGGUUAAGUCAGGAGAUGAGAAUAGGCAUCGAGUACGCUGUUGUGUGCUAAUAAGUCCCCGAAGGCUACAAGGAAGUGAACGAUGGAGAAGAGAUGGGAAAACUGAAGAUCAAAAUUCUAGUAUGUUUUAUUUCUAGCUAGUUUGUGUUGCAAUAGUUUCCUUUGAUGAAAAUGACAAGGACCUACCACGCUCUUUUCGUCCUCAUCGAUUAAUCAAAUCGAGGUACUGCUUGUACCCCAGAUGCUUCCACAUAUUAGGGAACCGUGGUCUCCGACAUGCUUUGGCUAGCGAGCACAGCGGCAGCGGAGGAUUUUGUGCCACGUUGAGCUCAUGAUGGCCUCGCAUUUAUGUCGAAGCAACAAGCCUUGCAGACACCGGCAGCACUUCCCCUUGUACCGGUAUGCGGAGCAAGAAACACCAGUCAGCUCGACUCUAUGCUGCGCCAAGACUCCUGCCGCCCAC